UAUGAAAAAUGAUAAUAAAAAAUUGGAAACUGGUAUCGAAUACAACAAUCACGUCGGCGUUGAAAAACGACAAAACUCUGAUGACUAUGGCAUGGAUGUUGAUGAUAAUAAGCUAAUGUCCGAAAUGAUAGCCGAUGCUACCACUAUGUUCAUUAAGCAAGAUAUGAAGGAAUUAAAGAAAACCACCGUAGAAGAAUUGAAACGUUUUGAGAAAGAGAAACUCUUUAGCAAAGCAGACGAACUGUUGAGUAGCGAAAAGUCGCUUCUUACCAAACCCACGACUACAGUUGAAGCUGAAUAUCUAGAAGCUGUAAGUGAAGAUAGCGAUAAUUUGAGCCUUGGUGCCGGUUAUGAUGAUGUAGUUAGCGUUGGAGUAAAUCAAGAUGAUUUGCCGGGUGACGAAAUGUCUCAAGUACGCGACGAUGACAUGCUUAAUAAAGCGUCCGCUAUGGUAGAAGCUGAUCUGACUACUGAGGAUUCCAGUGAAGCAAAGGCACUUUUCGCCGCUGCAGAUGAGUUGUUAAAUGACACAAGCAAUUGGGAUUCUACAAAUAGAGGCACUCAGCCGACAAAUCUUACAGCUACUUCUGCGGUCCAGCCGCAUUCGGCUGAAGAUAUUUGCGAAGUCCAAACUGUAGUACCACAAUCCGGAGUUAAUAAUUCUUCUGUGGUAACAGAAGCAUCAACAAGUCACUCAAAUAGAGCGAGAAGAGAUGAUGCAGCGAUAAGAUCAACGCAUAUAUGGGAAGAGUUUGAUUGGCCAACCAGGAGAAAAAAAGUCAGAACAAAUAAACCAACCUAUACUUCUGCUACGGAAGAAGAAAAAAUGCCCAGCUUUUUGAACUCCUUGAGUGAGGAGCAGAGCACAAGUUCAAGUAUUUUACAAUCGAUGUCGGAGAUAUUUUCUAACCCCAGUAGUGAAGAGCGUUUUGAAACAUUUACUGAGACCUUCCAACCUUCAUCCGAUUUUCAAAUGAGUACAAAUACCUACAGCAAUGAAGAAUCAGACACUGUUAAAGAUCAAACUAGUACUGCUAUAGCCGAAGUAAUUAGUUCUACAGUUUACUCUGUGCAAGGUGUAGCAAGGUUUUCAGAACGCUAUAAAAAUAACAGAAGUAAAUUUAAGGAAGAUUUUAAAUUUCUAUGCGACCCAUGUCCGAGAAAAUCAGCUCUUAGUGCUACUUCUUCUCAAGGUGAAACUGAAACUAGCGAAUUUCACUCCGUAAACCAAAAGUCAACACAAGAGGGGGAACAUGCAUCUAUUUCCGUGCCAAAUGAAAUUUAUACAGAAGCUUCAAACAGCCAAUCAAAAUUUGAAGAUUUUACAGCUGAAGCAGCUACUGAAUCUGAGAAAAGGAAGUUUAGUUCUGUGCCAUAUGAAGAAGAAGCUACUACACAACAAGAGAAGACAACAGCAUUAACGAGCAAUGAAUCAAGCGGGAUUACCGCCACAGAGCAAGAAAGUUCAAUUUUUUCAAAUACAAUCACAGAAUUGGUUUCUUCUAAUAAUAACCAAGAAUUAUCGUCUGAAGAAGAAAGUGUUUCUUAUGACUCUACAGAGCAAACCACUAAACUGUUGCCUACAGCAGCUGAGGGAGAACCCUCGUUAGAAACCGAAAGUGAAAGUUCCAUAUCAGCCGCUGAAAAUUAUGGGCCCAUUACGAAAAGCCCUGAUCAAAAUACAGGCUUAGAAGAAGAAACAAUAAGUUCAACAACAUUUGAAACGAGUAUGGGGAUAUCUUCGAAUCACGACCAAGAGGUCAAUUCAGAAAGAAAUAGUACGGUAAUAAAUGAAUCAGUUUCAAAGGAUAACCAUGCAUCAAAAACAAGCCCGUCUGAAUCUGAUGAAAGCAACCUACGUUCUAUGAGUUAUAAUCAAGAAACACUUUCACAAGAGGAAUAUACAACCUUUAUGAACAAUGAAGCAAAAGAAAGUACGGAAUCAGUAUUUACAAAUAGAGAAAACAUUAAAAGUCCUUCGGAUCAUAAUCACGAAACUUCUUCAAGCAUUAUACAGGCGAUUUCCGAAUCUUCCAAUAUAAUGACAGAGUCAAUUCCUGCAAGUGCUAAUCACCAAUUCGUUUCAAGAAAGCCUGAGCAGGAAACAACACUAGAAGAAGAAAUUACAAGGACCGAGGUGACAAACUUAGAAAACGAAAAUGUAUUUUCGUCUAUUGAAACUGAAUCGAGUACAGUUAAUACUAUGAAUCGAGACCAAGAAUCUACUUUACACAACGAAAAUACGGAAUUUACAGAGGAUAUUGAAAGAAUUUCAAUGCAUUAUAGGCAACAACUCACUAUAGAAGGAGGAGAUGUUUAUUCGGAAAAGGGAAAUACAUUACUUAGUGAAUCAGCUUCAAGGGCCACGGUGAAAGAAUUUGGCAAAUCAAUCCAAACUGAAAGUGUUACAAAUUCAGCAGUUGAAAUGCAGACUGUUCUGAGAUCAUUAACCACAGAGGAACAAAAUAAACCGAAUUAUGAAGUUCCCACUAUAGAGUACGUUUCACAAUCAACUGAAAUAAGCGUAGCUUCAAAGAAAGAACAAGACAGAAAACACAAAAUGUCCCAAGAGCAAUAUAAAAUCGAUUAUCAAAAAUAUGUUUGCGAUCCUUGUCCCAGAGCUAACAGAUUUCUCAAGAAAUUUAGACACCAUACAGUCAAAGAUGAGUAUUUUCCUACACACUUUGAGUCCAGUACACAUGCUGCAAAAAUUAGUGAUAUUGUUACGCAACAACCACCGAUUAUUCGGAAUAAGUUGACUGACUAUCAGCAAGGAAUUACUAGAGAGUUUCUUCAUAAUCCAGCAGAAGGCGACAUUGACAAUCGACUUGAAACUCAAUUAGCUACUGAAUUUGGAGAGUCUCAUACUAAAAAUAUGCAAGAACAAGCAUCUACAUUCGUCAAAAAAGUUUCUUUAGAAUCUGAUGAACAAUCUGAGUCUGAAUUGAAUGCUUUUACUGAAACUUUAAAGUUAAUAUCAGGAACGUUAGUUGAAGCCAAGGAAAUCAAUAAAGGUGAUGUUUUUACUGAGUUACCUUCUGAAGAGUCAAAUGAGGAGAGCACGAAAAACGGAGGUUUUGAAGCUGGCCAAGGCACGGCUGUAAUAAGUCCAUUGCAACCACUUUUUGCAUCUGAAGAAUUACGAACCAGGAUGCUUGAAAUAACAACAAAAGAGACUGAUGAGUCAGGAACAUCUCAUAUAUCUGCUCAUAUUCCUCUGUUCCAAUAUUCACAGGCAUCUCUAGUUACAGAAGCUGAAGAAAUGUACAGCAAAGCUGCGAAAAAAACUUCAGAACAGCUAAGCGAAAAUUCGGAAGAAACGAGUUCUAAUACUGAAAUGCUUUCUGACCUAGAGCGAACAAGGGAAGUGGAAAAUGAAGACCAAACAAACCAUGCGUUUGGUAUGCAUCGUACUGAAAGCACCGGUGAAACUGAUUUUGGGCAUUAUUUUGGACGUGGUACGUUGAGCAAGGAAGAAAUUGGGCAAAUCGUCGAAGGUGUUAAUUUAUCGCUUACAAUUCAAAUGCCUAUUGAGACAGAUAUAUUAUCAACUAGUACUACCCGAAAAAGCGUUUAUCAAAAAGGCGCUCCUCUAUCAUCUAUGAAAUCAGAGGAUGAAUUUUUUACAUCAAGCGAAGUUCCAGUACAUUACGUCUAUAUUUUCGCAGAAAACUGUACUCAGCCGGAAACAACGUCUUUUCAGAAGGAAGAUAAGUUUGCUCAUACGCGUCUUUUCACAUCUAAAACAGCCACUGAACCACAUAACUUUGGUGCAGGGACUGGCGUGAUUUUGCACUUAACAUCAAGCAAAACUGGACAAUCUAAAGCGGCCGAAAAUAAAGAAAAUGCAGUUACGUAUGAGAUCACUAGUGAAAACACCACUGAACAUACUAAAGCUUCAAAAAGUGCGACCGAGAAAAUUACAAUCACCGAAUCUGCAUUUCAACCUUCUGAAGAAUCUGAGUCCAUAACCUCGGAACACCCCAGGAAAACAAAUUCUGCUGAAGAGUUAGAAGAGGAAUACUCAAAACAACAGUUUAAUUUUAACAUUUCGUAUGAGAUCACUAGUGAAAACCCCACUGAACAUACCAAAGCUUCAAAAACUGCGACCGAGGAAAUUUCAAUCACUGAAUCUGCAUUUCAACCUUCUGAAGUAUCUGAGUCCAUAACAUCGGAACACGCCAGGAAAACGAAUUCUGCUAAAGAGUUAGAAGAAGAAUACUCAAAACAACAUUUCAAUUUUAAAAUUUCGUAUGAGAUCACUAGUGAAAACCCCACUGAACAUACCAAAGCUUUAAAAACUACGACCGAGAAAAUUACAAUCACUGAAUCUGCAUUUCAACCUUCUGAAGAAUCUGAGUCCAUAACAUCGGAACACGCCACGAAAACAAAUUAUGCUGAAGAGUUAGAAGAGGAACACCCAAAACAAGAUUUUAAUCUUAAAAGUUCAUCCUCACAAGAAAUGGGUGCGGCAGGAUCUCUUAAUGAAUCAGAGCGCGGAACCUCAGAGUUUAUUACAAGCAAAAGUAAAACCCAAAAUAUUGCUUUGUCUACAUCGGAAAUCAAAACUGAUCAUUUACUUAGGUCAACAACGGAAUUAGUAACAACUCAAAAUGUCCACAGAAAACAUACAAAAAGUAGUCAAGAAUUUCUUACUGUGGUAUCCACGACGGAAAUCGAGAACAAUCUUGUGGGGAUGGAAACCACACCCUGCAAGUAUUGCAUCGAAAACGUUUCAAACCCUCAUUCCAAACCUGUUCAAUAUUAUUUCAGCAGCACGCCAACCGCACCCCCAAUUACUACUCUCAACACAGAAACUCAAUACGGAACUUUAUCGGAAAAAACGGAACUUGAGAGAACCGAAAAAUUAUUCUCUACAAGUAUUUUAGCAACAUCAGAAAAUAUCGAGAAAGAGGGUGAGACCGAAUAUGAAACGGUUUCUGUAUCCCAAACAGUUGAUGAAGAGAAGGAAUCUCAACUGGUACCUGCAGCAGGAACUGAAGAAGCGGCUACAUCAGAGCAAGUUACCGAAGAGGAGGAUAAUAAAACCAGUAAAGGAAUUUCGAGGGGAGAAUUUUAUGAAUAUUCAAAAAACACAGCUUCAAGUGGACAUCAUAAAGAAACCAAUGAGUCGACAGCUGAAAGAUUUUCUGAAACAAAAAUCGAUGAAUUCACAGUUCACUCAGAACCGCAACUAGUGGAAGAAACCUAUAAUAUCUCUAACCCUGAAAGAUCUACAAGUGAAUAUAAAAUAACUUUAACUUCAUUGUACAACAAUGAUUACCGCACCUCUCCACCCAUGGAUGACAAUAAACAUGAGUCAAGCAAAAGAAAGGAAAGUUCUUCAUCGACUGAAUCAGAAGUCACCAGACAAGAAGUAAAUGAAACGGAUUCCGAAGAAUCUACAUCUGCAAAAGAUACAUUUGAUAGAAUAACUACCGAAAGCGCGAGCGGUGAAACUGAAGCCGUAUCAGGUAAAGAAGAAGAAACAUUUUCUAAAUAUACUGGCGAAGAAAACCAUUCUGGAUCUAGCAUAUUAACAAGCUUUCCCACUGAAGGCCUCACUAAAGAAACUGCUACUGGAUCUGAAGGAAACUUUGAGACAAUUUCAGACGGCAACGAAAGUAAAAGUACUACGAUUGCUCCACAAAGCGCGCAAAUGAGUACAACAGAGCAGAAGGGAAAACUUGCCUCAGAAAUUAAUGCGGAAUCAGAACAAAUGGAUACCGAUGGUUCCAAUGUACAAGAAACUGAUGGUAUUAAAUCUAAUAAACCUUAUAAUCAAACUAUGCAGGAAUCGGAAACUGAAAUGAUGGCGAAUAGCGAAGAAGAAAGCAUUACCAGAUUUCAAACAGACCAAAUAUUAACAGUUUCUCCGGUUUCUACGUUAGCAAACCAUAUGCAUGGAAAGUCAAGCCCUCUAGCAAUGGGCGGUGAACCUGACAGAAAUACAACUGAAAAUGCUGAAGAUACGGUUGAAACUACAUCAGAAAAUGUUGAAAAAUCAGAGGCGUAUAGCCAAAGUGAAAUUUCGGACACAACGGCUUUAAGCAAUGACGAAGAAACGAGUGUGACAAUGGAAAGUGAUGAGGGCUUGGCUUCAAACGAUGAUACAACAGAAUUAAAUACCGAAAGUGCUUCUUUAACGGAAGGAAAUAGUAAGCAGGAACUUAAUUCUGAAACACAAGAAGGUUUUACGCAUACCACCACCGUUCGUGAAGGCACUGAGGCGACGGAAGUCUCAGAAUUAAGCGAAGUAGCUUCGGAAGGUAGCGAUGCUACAACAGGUGAAAAUACAGCUAGUUUAGAAGGAAACACAUCGGAAGAGGACAAUGCAACAAAAGUAGCUAGUAAUGAAAAUAAGAACUUGACAGAUACAUCUGAAGAAUCUGGUGCUUUGCAAGAAUUUACUACACAUCUGUCCAGUGAAAACUCAAUGGAAAGCGAACCCGAAGAGGUAACCAAAAAUUCGCUUGAAAGUUCCGAAACUACAGAAGGAAAACCCGGAGAAUCUUCGUUGGAAGAGUCGAAAUCUGAAGAAAGCAGUUCGACUGAAAUAAAAGAACUUACAACAAAUGAACUGGGUCAGCGAGCAAGCUCAACUAUAGUCGAGGGUUCUAUAGGAUCAGAAGUAAGCACUACUGAAAAUAUAUCUGACCAUUCGGAACUUAAUACUAAUGAAAGUACGGAAAGUGCAAAUGUGUCCGAUGGCAGUUCUCAGGGAAUGAGCAAUGAGUCGAAAUCUGAAGAAAGUAGUUCGACUGAAAUAAAAGAACUUACACCAAAUGAACUGGGUCUGGGAGCAAGCUCAACUAUAUUCGAGGGUUCUAUAGGAUCAGAAGUAGGCACUACUGAAAAUAUAUCUGACCAUUCGGAACUUAAUACUAAUGAAAGUACGGAAAAUGCAAAUGAGUCCGGUGCUAGUUCUCAGGGAAUUGAGCAAAUCGAGUCUAGCACUACUGAAACCACUGGUAAUACGUCUUCACACGACGAAGUGCCCAAUGAAACUGGGUUAAAUGAGAACAGUGUAAGUGAAAGCAAUACAGGCCCGGACAAUCAAGAAUUUUCAUCGUCUGAAAAUAUUUCCAGUAAAUCCGCAUCUGAAGAAACAGAACACGUAGAAUCCUCUCAUAAUAUAACUGAACAAACAGAGCCUGGAGAAAAUAAGACAUCUGAACCCAAUGAAAAUCUAUCCAGCUCUGAACAUUUCGCAAAUCAAACGGAGCCUAGUGCAAGUGGCACACCGGAGGGUACUGAAAAUGUGGCUUCAUCUGCGCAAGUUUCCGAUGAGGCGGAGUCUAGUGAAAGUAGUUCAACUGAAAGUACUGACAAUUUACUUUCAUCUGAACCUGCAAAUGCAUCUGAAGGAACUGAAAAUGAAACUAUAUCCGAAGGUAAAGAAAUACCCUCGGAUAUAGCUGCAACAGAGAGCAGUGAACACUUAUCUUCAUCUAUCUCAACUGAAACUGAAACUGCGGAAAGAGAUACAUCUGAAGACAUGGAAAACCUAUCUUCUACCAGGCCUGGCUUAAAUGGCACGGAACGGGAGGAGAGCUUUAAUUCAGGAGCAAGUGGCAUGUCAACUGAAAUUAGUGAAGGAACGACCCUUUUACAGGAACUUGAAAAUGCAUCUCCUAUAAAUAAUACAAUUGAGUCGGAAGUAACAGGUGAAGGAAAAGGAAAUACUUCCGGAGUACAUAAAGAAGAACAUUCUACAUUGCCAGUAGAAGUAGAAGAAGGGACUCAGUCUAGCUUUGAAGAAAGUAGAACACACACUAAAGGCACAGUAGAAAUAUCGACUGGUCCUUACUCAGAGCAAGAAAGUCAAUCUGUGAGGUCUUCAGAAAUAACAGAGAAAAGAUUAUCUGAAAAUACGGAAAGUAUUAAUGUUCCAGAACAAACCGGUCUCGAAGCUAGUUCCACUGAAGAAACUCAUGAGAUUCACAGUGAAAACGCUGUGAACGCUGCGUCUACAACAGAAGUUGAAAGCGGUCUUUUCGAAUUUGGUUCAUCCACGGAGUGCAAACAUUGCCAUACAACUAACAGCGAAACAAGUCCACACUCAUAUAUGUCGAGCGCCAAUAUUGAAGUUGACUAUUUGACUACUAGUUUAGUAACAAAAGAAAAAGAAGAAAAUGAAGUUCAAAGAACCACAUCGCCAGAAGAGAAUGUGUCAAGACACGAAGGCAGCUCGCAUGGAUAUAUGGACUUAGAAACAGAUUCUCCAACAGAAAUAAAUACUGUAUCAUCAACCCAUCAUCAUCUGAAGCAAACAAAAGGAAGUGAAGAAACCCUUUUAACCACUACAGAAAUAGAAAAUGGACUGGUUGCAAUGCAAACCACGCCUUGUGAGUAUUGCACGCAAAGUGCUUCCGAUCACCAUUCAACAGCGAGUGCUGUAGAAACCGAAAGUCAUUCAACCAGUCUAUCCACUGCAACUCACGAACAAAGUCAAAAAGAAGUAUUUGAACAGACAUCUCAAACAGAAAAUGAAAUUGAGGAAACCUCGAAACUGGAACAUGAUUUGUAUUCCAAAACAACUUUGCGCCAUUCCACAAGUACAUCAGCUACACGAGAAACGUAUACUGAAGAGGAGGAAAAGGAGGAAGUCACUAAAUUGCAUUCGCAUUCUACUAUGGAAAAAUUCGAAACAGAAAAAGAGUCAACACAUGUCUCAAAAACAACUGAAUACCCUACAUUUUCCACUACAGAAGAAACUGAACCACCGGAGGAGAUAGAGGAGCAAACAACAGUAUCAUUAGUUCAUACUACCAUACAUACCGAGGAACCUACUACAAAGCAAGCAGCCAUAACGAACGGAAUUGAAAAUCAUACAGAAAAGAUUCAAAAAAUCAGCGAAAGCUCGACUGAAACCGUAACUCAUAAGCCUGUUGUUUACGUCAUAAACAACUCUAAAGGCAAAUACAAAAAAAUUAAUGAAUUGAUGAUAGAACAAAUUAUAAGCACUGGAGUUCCGAACGUAGAGUUACAUGUGAUAGACUUAAAUGAUGAAGAAGUUCCUAAGUCUCUAGAAACUAUGCAUAACCGAAGUUGGGAUAUUAAUAUUCCUCAUCAAAUCUGUAGCAAAGCAGACUUUGACUCUGAAAACAACUGUUUCUGUAAUAUCAACAGUUAUUUGGAUACAUUAGAAAACCGGGUCAGCAAAAAAGAAGAAAUCAAAGCAAAAAACAGCUACUGCAAAUCGUUUUUCAAAUUAACGAAAGGACUGAGCAUAGAAAAUUCUAUAGAACCAAUUAAGAGAAAGAGAAGAGGCUUAAUUUACCUGGACGAUAAGAAAAAGAAAAGUGAUACUCUGAAUUUCGAUUCAAUUGAAGGGAUGUUUGAUCAGAGCUUCAAGCUACCGAUUUCAGAAGCCAAUAUGUUUUAUUUACCAACAGAAACAGUUAAUAUUUUAUGCAGCAACUCCUCAGCCGAACAUCAGAAAGAUGUUUCGUGGACUUGGUCGUUUUAUCCAAUAUCUUCACCAAAUGCCCAACUACUGCCUGAAAGAGGCUCCGAACUCGUAAUCCAUGACGGCCUAUUGAAACACUCAGGAAACUAUACAUGCAAACAUGAAAAAACCCACCAUUUACCAGCAGCUGAACAUUGGCAUGAACUGGAAAUGCUUACUUUUCCAAUUUAUCAAAUCAUACUGAACAUCUACUACAAAAUUAACGAUUCCUGCAGUUUGCAAAUUGGUGAUACUUUAUACGCAUACUUGCCGAAAAUUAUUAGUCCAUUAUUAUGUACAAAAGAUGGUGAAGUGUGUUCUUUGGACAUCGAUAGACCAAGAUGCUUAACCAGGGAAGACGAUAAUUAUUUUAAUGUAACCAUAAACGUGAAAACUAUUUCCGACUUUGUCUUACGCUUUUCAACAACAUGUGACAUCAACUGCAAAUUAUCAGUAUACGAAAAUGUGGUUAAUAUGGUGUACAAGAACUCUGAAAUGAUUGUAAAACUUCCAGUGUUAUCUAAACUUGAUCAAUUGCACCAAAUUGAUUUCAUUCCACACUUGAAUGGGAAAGUCGGAAGUCCCGUUACUAUUAAAGCACCUAAAGUUGUUGUAAAUUGCGCAGCUGGAUUUGGGUUGGAAAGCGAAAAGCAAAGAGUCUGUGUUGUAUGUCCUCCGCAAACCUUUAGUCCAGAUAACGCAGCAUUUUGCACCAGCUGCCCAGGAGGGCAAUAUCAACCUGAAGCUGGAUCGAAAACUUGCAUUCAGUGUAAUUCUCCGGUUGAUGAUAAGCUAUGUCUACGAAUGCUGUAUACAAACACCAAGCUAUUCAAAAUCUAUGUAGGUGUUGCAUUUGCUGUAAUCGUCUUAAUGAUUAUAAUAAUCAUCGUGUGGACAAGCGGAUUUAAAGAUGAUUCCCAUGUAGAAGAUAGAUAUAAAGGAUCUCUUAGACAUAGAGCAGCUAGCAAUAGAAAGGAUAUAGAUUUGGAAACAGGCGUUAAUGCCCCUUUACUCGGCCGUUCCCCCAAUAGAGCAGCACCGCAACUUCCUCCACUCGACUUUUAAGAAUCAUUAUAUAUAUUUAUUUAUAAGUCUAUUAUUUUGUAAAAAUAAAUAAAGCUUUGAUAAUAGCAAGUAA